GGAGAAGAACCGACACCUCCGCGCACAGAAACUAUUCCCGUGCGUUAAUAUUCAUAUUUACCUCCCCGAACAACUACAAACCGGCGAACAGAAACCACAUUUAACCGUUCAGCGAGUCGUGAAGUGUUCCCGGUUGUUGUUGUCGGUUUCAUUUGUCGGCUUGUUGGAUAUUUAGCGCGUGUCGCUGUCGAGCGAGUUUGCGGAAGAGGUCAACGCCGUUCCUGCUUCGGACGCCAAAGCCCAACGAGAUUACAUUCGGGGGAUAAGCAGAAAGUUUUCAUCACGCGAGGUUACAGUCGACGGCGGUGUAAAUAUGAGUUACAAGCCGAUCGCCCCCGCACCCACCGGCUCCAACCACACUCCUCCAGGAUCUUGUGGCUCUUCUCCAUCACUGGCCUCCUCUUCAAACUUUAGACCAGCAUUUAGUGACUUCGGUCCUCCAUCGAUGGGCUUUGUACAGCCGGUCAAAGUGUCCCAGGGAUCUACCUAUAGUGAGCUGCUCUCCGUCAUUGAGGAGAUGAGCCGUGAAAUUCGGCCUACCUACGCCGGCAGCAAAAGUGCCAUGGAGAGACUGAAGAGAGGUAUCAUCCACGCACGUGCUCUCGUCAGGGAGUGUCUAGCGGAGACAGAGCGAAGUGCUCGCACAUAACAUCAACACACACAUCCUCCCUCCCUCUGGUACUCAUCUCCCCAUUGUUCUGUCUCUCUCUGCCCAGCUAUUUACAACACCAUCUCUUUCUGUCUUUCUUAUUGACCUUUGUUCCAUUAUGCAUAGCCAUCUCCCCGACGUACACCUCAUGUAAUGUUACUGCGAUUAGCAUAGACAUUUUUUAAGCCCAAUUUUUGCAAUUCUGUAUUUAAAUAAAAAACAAAAUCAA